AAUGGGUACCGGCAAGAAGGAGGCUGCGCGCAAGACGCGCCAGGGCAAGGUUGGCGAUGGCAUGGCCAACGUCAAGGUCAAGGGCGAGAACUUCUACAGAGAUGCCAAGAAGGUCAAGAAGCUCAACAUCCUCACGAAAGGAACUGCCCAGCGCAACGCUGCUGGUGACAUUACAAAAGCCGCCGUCUUCCAGUCGCGCGAGAGACCCUCGGCCCGUAUCGAACCCAACCGCAAGUGGUUCACCAACACCCGUGUUAUCUCUCAAGAUGCUCUCUCCGCUUUCCGUGGCGCCGUCCAAGCUCAGCAGAACGACCCAUACUCGUACCUGCUCAAGCAGAACAAGCUGCCCAUGAGCUUGAUCAAGGAUGACGAGACCAAGAAGAACGGCUUGAAGCAGCACCAGGCCAAGAUUGCCGUCGAAACCGCUCCUUUCUCAGACACUUUCGGUCCCAAGGCCCAGCGCAAGCGCCCGAAGCUUGCUGUCAGCUCUCUUCUCGACCUCGCUGGCGAGUCGGACAAGAUGCACGAGACUUACCUUGACCGUCUGGAGCAAGCUCGUCUUGCUAGCGGAGCACCCGUCGACGAUGGUCAAGAGACCGAAGCUGACGGCGCUUUGACCGCUGCAAGAGAGGCCAUCUUCUCCAAGGGUCAGAGCAAGCGUAUCUGGAACGAGCUCUACAAGGUCAUCGAUUCCAGUGAUGUUGUCAUUCACGUUUUGGACGCCAGAGACCCUCUUGGUACUCGUUGCCGAAGUGUCGAAAAGUACAUUCGCGAAGAAGCUCCUCACAAGCAUCUUCUCUUUGUGCUCAACAAGUGCGAUUUGAUUCCCACCAGUGUUGCUGCCAACUGGGUUCGUCUUCUGGGCAAGGAAUAUCCUACCCUCGCUUUCCACGCCUCGAUCAACAACUCGUUCGGCAAAGGCUCCUUGAUCUCACUCCUCCGCCAGUUCUCUGCCCUGCACUCUUCUCGCAAGCAGAUCUCGGUUGGUUUCAUCGGAUACCCUAACACUGGCAAGUCUUCCAUUAUCAACACUCUCCGCAAGAAGAAGGUGUGCAAUGUUGCUCCUAUUCCUGGCGAGACCAAGGUCUGGCAGUACAUCACUUUGAUGAAGCGUAUUUACCUUAUCGAUUGUCCUGGUGUUGUUCCUCCCAACAUGGGCGACACGGAUGAAGAUAUCCUUCUGCGUGGUGUCGUCCGUAUCGAGAACGUCGAAAACCCUGAACAGUAUGUUGCCGCUGCGCUCAAGAAGUGCAAGAGACACCACAUCGAGAGGACUUACGAUGUACGUGACUGGGAGACACCGACCGAGUUCCUCGAGCUUCUCGCUCGCAAGGGUGGUAAGCUGCUGAAGGGCGGUGAAGCCGAUAUGGACGGCGUUGCCAAGAUGGUCCUCAAUGACUUCCUGCGUGGCAAGAUUCCUUGGUUCACCCCACCACCAGCAUCUGCAGCUGCAUGGGCCGCCGCUGAAGAGGCAAAGGCUGAGAUCCAGACCGAGCUCAUCAAGAAGAGAAAGCGUGCAGUUACAGAUGAAGAUGGAGAGGCUGAAGAAGAGGACGACGAUGGUGACGAGGAAGAGGAGGAAGAGGAAGAGUUCGCAAGCUUCACGAGUGACGAGGAAGAUGAAGAAGCUGCUGGUGAGGGCGUUGCCAUCGAAGCGACUGAGGAGGGC